GCAGAUAGUUCUUUUUACAUCUGAUAGAUUUAUACAUAAAAACUCAAACAUAUUUUCCACACUUAUCACACAUUUACAAGAUGUCUACUGUUCCAUAUAAAGUUGAAAAGCCAUUCAGAAUUGCUAUCAUUGGUUCUGGUAACUGGGGUACUGCUGUUGCCAAGCUUGUUGCUGAAAACACCAGAGAAAAGCCUGAAAUUUUCGAAAGAGACGUUAACAUGUGGGUCUUUGAAGAAGAGAUUAACGGUCAAAAGCUUACUGAAAUCAUCAACACUAAGCAUGAAAAUGUCAAAUAUCUUGAAGGAAUCACUCUUCCAGACAACCUUAUUGCUAACCCAGAUGUUGUUGACACUGUCAAGGAUGCUGAUUUGCUUAUCUUCAACAUUCCACAUCAAUUCCUUCCACGUGUUUGUAAGCAAUUGAUUGGUAAGGUCACUCCUGGUGUUAGAGCCAUUUCUUGUUUAAAGGGAUUAGAAGUUGGCCCAGAAGGUUGUAAAUUAUUAUCACAAUCCAUCACUGACACUUUGGGUGUCUACUGUGGUGUUUUAUCUGGUGCCAACAUUGCCAACGAAGUUGCUAAGCAAAACUGGUCCGAAACUUCUAUCGCAUACACUGUUCCAAAGGAUUUCAGAGGUGAAGGUAAGGAUAUUGAUGAACAUAUCUUGAAGGAAGCUUUCCACAGACCAUACUUCCACGUCAAUGUCAUUGAAGAUGUUGUUGGUGCUUCCAUUGCUGGUGCCUUGAAGAAUGUUGUUGCCAUUGCAGUUGGAUUUGUUGAAGGUGCUGGUUGGGGUGACAAUGCCAAGGCUGCCAUCAUGAGAAUUGGAUUGAAGGAAACAAUCAAGUUUGCUUCUUACUACAAGAAGUUUGGUAUUAAGGCUCCACUUGCUCCACAACCAACUACUUUCACUGAAGAAUCUGCCGGUGUUGCUGAUUUAAUUACCACUUGUUCUGGUGGUAGAAACGUUAAGGUUGCAAGAUACAUGGUUGAACAUAAGGUUGAUGCCUGGGAAGCUGAAAAGACUUUACUUAACGGUCAAUCUUCCCAAGGUAUUUUGACUGCCAAGGAAGUUCAUGAAUUACUUGAAAACUUUGAAUUGAAGGAUGAAUUCCCUCUUUUCGAAGCUACCUACAGAGUUAUUUAUGAAAAUGCUGAUGUUGCUGAUUUCCCUUCUGUGUUAGAAGCUAACUAAAUGAAACACAAUGUAUAAUAGAUUUAUAGAAAACGAAUAAUAACAGGUUAGUAUU